AGCCGGAUUGGGAUUAUGAUUGGCUGCCGAUCAGCCGCAGAUCUUUGUCCUGCUCCUGCGCUGGAAACCUAAGACAUGGAGAUGGGCUCGCGGGGCCCGUGGGCUUGAAAUCAGUCUAUUCAUGUACUGUAAAGAUUCACGAUCUGCAUCAUUCAGCAUCUGCACGUCCACCCACUGAUUCACAUCUCGCCGUGGAACACCAUUGAGAGGAACGGAACACAAUACAGCAUGUUCCUACUCCUAAUGAAGCAUUUUAAUGUUUAGAAACCGUAUUUUGCGCGACUCUUUCACGUAGGUCGUUGAGAUGCGAUGCGCUCUUCAUUGAGGAGCAGCGGACUGGCGCGAGCGCGUUAUUAUUAAUCAGCUUUCAUAAGGCGCGCGAGCUGGACGCUUCUGUCAGACAGGUGUUUCGUUUGUGUUUCGACCUCCUGCUCUGGUAACAUGAUGUUAGGGCAGUCUCCUCACCUUAUCGGGGGAAUCCUCUGGAUUCAAAACCCAAUGCGAGCUGUUCACUGCAAUCUGACCCAGAAUGGGAUUGACCAUCAGGUGUGUGCAGAGGAUGUGACCUCACACCUGGAGGAAGUGUCUGUUGAUCAUGGACUGGAUGAUGACAGCCCAGGCUUUCAGGACCAGAGUCCUGCUUUCCAGCGACGAUCUCCACCUCAGCGCUCCGUCUCAGAAUCUGAGCUCUCCAGGCCGGGAACUGUGAAGCUGUCCAAACCUGUGGCCCUGUGGAGCCAACAGGACGUGUGUAAAUGGCUGAAGAAACACUGUCCCAAUCAACAUCAAGUCUACAGUGACUCCUUCAAGCAGCACGACAUCACAGGUCGAGCUCUGAUGAGGCUCACUGACAGGAAGUUGGAGCGUAUGGGCAUCAUGCAGGAGAGUCAGAGACAGUACAUCCUACAGCAGGUCCUCCAGCUCCGCGUCAGAGAAGAGGUCCGCACUCUGCAGCUGCUUACGCAAGCUUCUCUGGAGAGUUCACCGUAACGUGAGCGUUCCAGGAGAUCCUCCGUUCCUUGUCCAUCUUCUCAGACGUCCACAGCACACACCAGAAUGCAGUCUUCCUUCAGUCUACGUCUCUCAAAACUCUAGACCCUUCCUCUGAUCAAAACAAUCCUAAAAAGGACCCAACUGAUCACCUGGACUACUGAUGUUCACUUUUGGACAAUGUGAAAGACUUGCUGCUGAAUUAUCUUGUUUGUUGUAUGUAACCCUGAAGUGUAGCACUUUAACCUCUUUCUUCCUGCCAGUUUUCAGCACACAGCCUGUUAGCAAAUCUGACUAGCAUGAUGUUCUAUGACACACCCUGGACUUCCUGCAACAGUACAGAAGAAGAGUAUUUAUCUAUCUAUCUAUCUAUCUAUCUAUCUAUCUAUCUAUCUAUCUAUCUAUCUAUCUAUCGGUAGAUAGCUAUCUGGCUAACUAGCUGUCUAAAUGGGUAGCUGUCUAGCUAAUUAGCUAUCUAUAGCUAACUUGUCUGUCUAUCUAUUUAGCCAGCUAGCUAGCUAAUUAGCUCUCUGUAUAGCUAAUGUGUUUAGCUAUGCAGCUUAUUAGCUAUCUAGAUAGGAAAACAAGCUGCCUAGCUAGCUUUCUUCACCUGUUAACAUUCUAACAAAAUAGCAACAUGUGGACUCCACCCUUUGCACGUCUAAAUAUUACUUGUCUUAUCCUCUCUCUUGUGUCUGCCGUCUCUUAGUAUAAUGUAAACCGUCUGGUCGGCUUGCUUGGUUAGUCGUCUUUUUGUCUUUGUAUGUCCCUGAGCUUGAAUUCCUUUGCCAUCCAUCAAAAGCAAGAUCCUGUUAUUACGUAUCCCAUAGACUGAACUGCACUGUGACUGUGACCAGGUCUCUUAAAAAGACAAGCCCACCCUUCCACAGGGAGCUGCGUUCCACCCCAAAUCCUUCUUUCAUUGCCGGACCAAAUGCAUUAUACUGUCAUCUCUUGAUCCGGAGCCAAACUUGGGUUUCGACUCAUGGAGGAAUUCAAUUAGAAGGCAGGAUGAAGCAACUGAGCUCAGAGCUGUGAAACUGCAAAGAAUCAGAAAUGGGAGACGAUUCUUCUGUCUUUUUUUUUUUUUUUUUUUUUUUUUUAGUUAUGAAGGCAGGAGAAAGAAGGGGAAAAAUAGAUGACAUGUCUCUCUGAAGUCUCAUCCUGCCAUUGGGAGUGAUAGGGAAAGGAAGGGAAUGUACUUUUAGGCAUGUAACGGCAUUAUUAAAACGUGUAAAAACCAGACAGAGUGUUAUUUUGGAGAAAAGAAGAUGCAAGAUGCCUGUCACUAGGAGCCUUGAACUUUCCAUUCACUGUAUCUUUUUGAAAGGCAUCACUGUUAAUAUGACAUGGCCAUUCACUGUUACCUUUUUAACUUGGAAGCACAUGGAAGUACUGAAGCAAAUGAACUGUAUCUUUGUACCCUUUGAUCAUUGUCACCUUUGUAUCAAACCUCCAUUACUUACAAGAGCCUCAGGCAUCAACAAGGCUUCUCACCACAAAGAGGCUUACCACAAUUGUAGCAUGACUCCGCAAUAUUGCACACCUUCCACAAAGGCGCCAACACGGUUGAUAAAAGUCCAUGACAGCGCAGACCCGCCAUUGAUUAACCAGAGCAGCUCCGGUUGUUUUGAGGGCUACAGUAAUAGGUUACAUGCUGCCGAUCGUGGCAUCCGGCAGUGCCUAUGAUGGAAGGUUUGCCUUACAAGAUGCUUUAGAUUGCAAUGAGAUCCAAAAAUUGAGUGCUAUCGAUUAGACCUUGUCGAUUAGAUCUCGUAUUGGCUCUUGUCUGGCUCACAGGAUGGAGUCAAUACUGGGAAUCUGGGGAAAAGCAUGUUCCAAUUAAAAACUAGCUACCAUUUCAUGCCUUUGUGGGGCCUUGGUGUUUUUUAUAGCUUAGAGAGGGCUCAACGCCAGAGGCUUUUGAUGACUGAGGGAACUUGUGAAGGGCUGAGAGGGUGAAAACAGAAAUGGUGAAUGGUUUUAUAGCUGCUAAACAAGUAUGGAUCUUACUAUAUAGAGAAUUUGUGGUUCCUUAGAGAGAUGUUUUUAAAAGGAAAUCACAUUUUGGCUCAAAAUGGGUUUGUCUUGGACAGUUUACAUGAGCCGUAGUAGGAAGUGACAAAAAUUACGCAAGCAGCUCUAUAUCAGCUCUAAAAGACACUGAAUGAGAGUUUGUGUUCUUUUCAUGUGGAUUAGAUUAUUAGAUGGCAAGAUGUGCACCCAUGAGGGGUUUGUUUUUGAUUUGAACUUUAUGAGACCAUCUCAUGGUACAUUAACCCGCAGAGUUCAAGUCAAUUCAAAUUGUUCAGCAAAAACUCAAUGCAGCAUACUGUCGAUUCAGACUCUUAGUUCGCCUUAGGGUGUUUUUGUUAUUUUCUAAGAAAAGUGCAUAGGAAUUAUUUAAUUUUUUAAAGAUGAAAUUUUAUAGCAUAUACUACAGCUGUACAAUAUACUAAAAUUGUGUUUGAUAAUCACAUAAAAAAAUACAUAGUAGUACUUAUAUAUAAAAUAUAUAUAUAAUGUUCUUUAAAACACGCCAGGAUCAAAUAACAGCGAUUCAGUCAUUCUCAAGAGAGUGGCCACAAAGAAAAACAAAAAGGCAAACACUAAUGAUCCUUUUUGAUCAAGACGGUAGACCAUGAAAAAUCUAAUUUAUAAUAAUUAAGGCACGAAUGUGCAAGGAUAAUAAACGAAUAAACAUUCACCCUCCGCUCUUUCAUUUGUGAGAUUUGCCUUUAGAUCCACAUAGACUCCAACACCUCUUUGAGGAAUAGAAUAUGACUUUUGUUAGAUACACAUCUCUCUGCCAGUGUAGUUCCAUCUGACAUAAUGUAAAAGUGUGUACUCUACUCUAAAAAGUUUGCGAGUUUGACCGUGGAGCUGAAUUUUAGUGGAUUAUUAAUGCCCACACAUGUACUGAUGUUGUUCGCGUUGGUUCUUUUAUCAGCUCUGAACUAGAUUGGAGAGCUGGACGCCACACCUGCACACAAAUCAAGUGAACGUUAACCUCAACUCCACAAAGUACUCAUGGAUAUACUGAGGUUAUUUUUUUGGCAUACACUAUAUUGUUGAUAUAUUGAUGUAUUCAUGCACACACAUGAUAUACCACCACACCGAUAUAAAUGCUUUAAGCUGUACACAUUAAUCUAAAUAAUGUCCAUUACAUUAUUUAAGCCCAUAGUAUACACUAAGAAAAACAAAUUUUGACACUAUGCGGGCAUGUUUUUAUUAUUGUGGUUAUUAAUUUCUAAUGUUUUGAAUUCUGAAGGCAUGCAGACCAAACUCUCAGUCCCGUUUCUUUCCCUCUUAUCUCGAUAUAGUGUGCCUACUCAUUAAUGAUGUUAAUAUUCUAAUAAACAUAUUAAUAUAACAAUUCCAUUCUUUGUGUUUUAUUGAACCCAAGAACAAUUUGAAUCGGAUGCUUGUUAUGACUGUUCGUUAGGUGAUUGUGCGUAAAAGCGUCUUUAUUUAAUUGGUUCGAUUUCAUGUUAAUCAUAAUAGAUGAGGAGAGUGGAUGACAAACAGGAUGUAGUUCUUCAAGAAGGUUUAAAUGAGAAGUACAGCCAAUAAAAUUGAUGUCUGGUGUGUUCUGUGGCUGGUUUCACCGGCACGUUAAUCUAGAUUGAUAUUGACUGCGCUGUGUCUUACACACACAUACAUAUACAAGACAGCAGUGAAAACGUCAUCACACACACACACUUUGUUCUCUUGCUGACGGUAAAGAUUCAGGGUACCUGGUGGGAGAGAGUGAGAGAUGAACAGACGGAGAGAUAUGACAGCACAUCACUCCACCUCAAUCCCUCUGUACUCUCCAGCAACUCUACCUGAGACAUUCUCAGCAUUUUACAGCUCUUUCCUUCAGCGCAUCUCUCUCUCUCUCUCUUUUUCUUCAUAUUCUUGACUGCAUUUGCACUUGCUCUGUCCUCUCAUAUCUAUUUCUGAGCUGUUUCCAUAUCUA